AUGGAAGCUUCUGCUCAAGCUCCAACUCAAGCUCAAGUACAUUCUAUAGGGUCCCCUAUGGAGACUGAGACCAAAGUAUACAGUGCUACUAGGCCAGUAGCAGCAUCAUCUAACUCUACACAGUUGCUGGGAUUCAUCAUUAGGAUUUUGGCGGUGAAACUUACAUUUGUGGCCACCAUUGUCAUGGGUGUUGCUAAGCAGACUGUCAAGGUAGAUAACUCCGACUUGGGAGAUUAUGAUGGUGGUUACACCUGGGUCACUGUCAAAUCUACCUACAACUCCUCCUUGGUGUACUUCAUAGUGGUGAACACUCUAGCCUUUAUCUACUCCACAUUCAGCCUUGCACUAUCCAUAGCAAACAGAACAAACUUCACGAACUUGCAGGUGUUCAUCUCCAUUGCUGAUCUGAUCAUGCUCAUCUUUCUCUUCUCCACCAAUGGCGCCGCUGCGGCCGUUGCAAUAAUUCUAGAAAAGGGAGACGCUCACUUGGGCAUUUUGAAGAUUUGUGGCUAUGUGGGCACGUUCUGUGGUCAUAUCACUGCCUCCAUUGUCUUAUCUAUGAUUGCUUCACUGGCUUAUGCACUUCUUGUUCUUCUUGCCAUUGUUUCUCUUCGCAACUCUUUUCUCUAA